AUGGUAAAGGCACACCUGUUGCCCCUCACCUUUCAUGUAUUGGUGAUGACAAAGUACGUAUUGCUGAAUUACUCGAUAUCUAUAAAGCUCAAGGGAUUGAUCGUAUUGUUGCACUUCGAGAUGGGACAGGUGCAGAAAUUCCGCGCUGGAUUCGUAAGCAACUUGCAACCUAUGGUGAUGACACUGCAAGUAUCAAAGCCUUUGGACAUGAAGUUGUGA